AUGAAGCCGUCUACGGAGCAUCGCGAUACCAUUGAAGCACACAAUGACUCGGCUCUGCAGCAUGCUGCUGAGAAGGGUCAGGUUGCUACCGACAAAUAUGGCCAACCUCUAGUCGAAUAUGACCCCGCCGCGGAGCGUCGUCUGUGCCUCAAAAUCGACCUUCAUAUCGUCCCUACAGUUGCAAUUCUUUACCUGUUUUGCUUCAUCGAUCGAGCCAAUAUUGGCAAUGCGAAGAUUGCCGGCUUCGAGAAGGACCUUGGAAUGACAGGAUACGACUACAACAUCCUCAUCACCACCUUUUACAUCUCCUACAUCGUCUUCGAGAUCCCCUCCAACAUCCUCUGCAAGUGGCUCGGCCCCGGUUGGUUCCUCCCCAUCAUCACGCUGCUCUUCGGCGUCGCAUCUCUGGGUACGGCAUUUGUCAACAACAUGUCCCAGGCCGCUGUUGUGCGCUUCCUGUUGGGCAUUUUCGAAGCGGGAAUGAUGCCCGGUAUCGCUUACUAUCUUUCUCGAUGGUAUCGUCGUGCUGAGCUUGUUUUCCGUCUUUCGCUGUACAUCGUCAUGGCACCACUUGCUGGAGCUUUUGGCGGUCUUUUGGCUUCGGCGAUCCUCAGUCUCGAUCAUUUUGCCGGUCUUCAUCGAUGGAGAAUGAUUUUCGCCAUUGAAGGAAUCAUCACGAUCGGUCUCGCUGUGAUCGGUUUCCUAACCCUUACUGAUCGCCCAGCCACGGCUCGUUGGCUGACACAGGAAGAAAAGGACCUUGCGAUUGCCAGAGUCAAGUCUGAACGCGUUGGAAGCACGGCGGUUCUCGACAAGAUAGACAAGACCAAGCUUCAUCGUGGACUUUGGUCUCCCAUCACGCUCAGCACUUCCAUCAUCUUUCUGUUCACCAAUAUUACGGUUCAGGGCCUUUCGUUCUUUCUGCCAACGAUUAUCAAGACAAUCUACGAGGACAAGACGACGAUUCAACAGCAACUUUAUACCGUUCCCCCGUAUGCUGUCGGUGCAUUCUUCACGCUUUUCUUCCCCUACCUGAGCUGGAGGAUGGAUAAGCGACAAAUCUUCUUCAUCAUUACUGCUCCGAUAUGCAUGGUCGGCUAUGCCAUGUUUCUGGGAUCAAAGGACCAGAUGGUCCGCUACGGCGCAACCUUCCUCAUCGCUUCAUCCGUCUUCUCGCAUGGAGCCCUUAGCAACGCUCAAGUUUCGGCAAACGUGGUCAGCGAUACAGCCCGCAGCGCAGCCAUUGGUAUGAACGUCAUGUUGGGUAAUGUGGGUGGCUUGGUUUCCAGCUGGUCAUUCCUCCCCUGGGAUGCACCCGAUUUCCACAUCGGAAACGGCCUGAACCUGGCCACCUCUGGUACUAUUCUUGUCCUUAGCACUGCGACUCUUUGGUGGAUGAUGAGGGAUAAUAAGAAGAGAGAGGGGUGGAACAUUGAGGAGGAACUUCAGGGCUUGUCUCAGGAGGAGAUUGAGGACUUGGACUGGAAGCACCCUGCAUUCCGCUGGAGGCCUUAA